GAACCGGCUCACAGUGCGCAUGCGCCCCGUGAGUACCAGGACUCUGAGGGUCAACAUGGUUCUGGUUCCUCUGGUCCUGUUUGUCUCUACCAGACUCUGAUCCAGAUGUUGCGGCUGCUGCUCCGGAGGCUCCGGCUGCUGCCCGGGCCGCGGGGUCUCCGGUCUGCGGACUCAGCCCGCUCCUUCGGCGGCUCCGCUCCGGAGAUGCCGGCCGCUCAGGUCCGGAGCACCUUCCUGGACUUCUUCCGGGAGAAACACGGACACCUGCUGGUUCCGUCCUCCCCGGUCCGGCCCAGAGGAGACCCCAGCCUCCUGUUCGUCAACGCCGGCAUGAACCAGUUCAAGCCCAUCUUCCUUGGUACCGCGGACCCUCGCAGUGAAAUGUCCUCAUACCGCAGAGUGGUCAACAGCCAGAAAUGUGUCCGAGCCGGCGGCAAACACAACGACCUGGAGGACGUGGGCCGGGACGUGUACCACCACACCUUCUUCGAGAUGCUGGGGAACUGGUCCUUCGGAGACUACUUCAAGGAGGAGGCGUGUCGCAUGGCUUGGAGCCUCCUCACAGAGCAUUAUGGGAUACCCGCUGAGAAACUCUAUGUGUCUUAUUUUGGCGGGGACACUGGGGCGGGGCUACCGGCCGACAACGAGACGCGACACAUCUGGUUGGACGUCGGGGUUCCUCCUGGACGUGUCCUGCCCUUUGGCCUGAAGGACAACUUCUGGGAGAUGGGGGACACCGGCCCCUGUGGCCCAUGCACCGAGAUCCACUACGACCACGUGGGAGGACGAGACGCCGCGAAGCUCGUCAACGCUGACAAUCCAGAUGUGGUGGAGAUCUGGAACCUGGUCUUCAUGCAGUACAACAGGGAGCUGGAUCACAGUCUUCGGCUGCUGCCCCAGUUCAGUGUGGACACUGGGAUGGGACUGGAGAGACUGGUCCGAGUCCUGCAGGGCAAAAGGUCCAACUACGACACGGACCUGUUCACCCCGCUGCUGCACGCCAUCCACCAGAGAUCGGGGGUGGGGCCGUACGGCGGGAGGACGGGGACGGAGGACGGGGGGAAGGUGGACCUGGCGUACCGAGUCGUGGCCGACCACAUCCGAACGCUGUCGGUCUGCAUCGCUGACGGAGUCCAUCCAGGCAUGUCCGGAGCAGAGCUGGUGCUGAGGAGGAUCCUGCGGAGGGCGGUCCGGUUCUGUGUGGAGGUUCUUCAGGCUCCUCAGGGAGCGCUGGCCAGCCUGGUUCCUACCGUCACCCACAUACUGGGUGACGUGUAUCCGGAGCUGCACAGGGAGGAGGACCGGAUCGUGGACGUCAUCAACGAGAACGAGGCUCAGUUCCUGGCCUCUCUGCAGCAGGGCAGCAGGCUGAUCCAGCGCACGCUCAGCAGGGAGGACUACAAACAUGGAGUCUUCCCAGCCUCGGUGGCCUGGUCGCUGCACAGGGACCUGGGCUUCCCUCUGGACCUGGUGGACCUGAUGCUGGAGGAGAAGGGGGUCCAGGUGGACCGCCCGGAGCUGGAGAGACUGAUGGCAGAGAGCCAGAAGGUGGCGUCCGAGUCGUCUCAGUCAGCCGAUGAGUCCCAGGUCGUGCUGGACGUCGUCAGCCUGGCGGAGCUGCAGCGUCUCGGGGUUCCUCACACCGACGACGGCCUCAAAUACCGGUACCGACUGGACCAGGACCGAUACGUGUUCCCAGCGUGCCGAGCGACGGUCCUGGCGCUGCACGACGGCCAGACCCUGGUGUCGGAGGUCCCUGAGGGCCGGCGAUGUGGAGUCAUCCUGGACCGCACCUGCUUCUACUCCGAGCAAGGGGGGCAGUCCCACGACCGGGGCUACUUCACCAGGGACGGGCUGCAGGACCCGGUGCCGUACCCGGUGGAGGCGGUGCUGAGGGCGGGGGGCUACGUGGUCCACCAGGUGACCGCAGCCGACAGCCUGAAGACUGGAGACCAGGUCCAGCUGCAUCUGGACCAGCUCCACAGACUGUCCUGUAUGGUGAAGCACACAGCGACUCACAUCCUGAACUUUGCUCUGAGGAAAGUUCUCGGUCCCUCGGUUCAGCAGAGAGGAUCUCACGUGUCGGCCGAACGUCUCCGCUUCGACUUCACCGCCAAGGGUUCUCUGACUGUCCCGCAGCUGCAGCAGGUGGAAAGCUGUGUUAACGACAUCGUCUCAGCCAAUCAGAUCGUCCACAGCCAGGAGCUCCCUCUGCAGAGAGCCAGGAGCAUCACGGGCCUGAGGACAGUGGACGAGGUGUAUCCUGAUCCCGUCCGGGUGGUGUCCGUGGAGGUGCCGGUCUCUGAGCUGCUGGACAAUCGGACGUUGGACAAAGAGACGUCCGUGGAGCUGUGCUGUGGAACUCACCUACUGCGGACCGGAGCCGUCCAGGACCUGGUGAUUGUCUCCGAGAGACAGAUGGUGAAAGGGAUCAGUCGGAUCGUCGCCGUGACGGGACGGGAAGCAGCGCGGGCUCGAGAGGCCGGACAGGUGUUGUCUCAGGACGUGGACUCUCUGUCAGCCAGACUCCCAGACUCCGCCUCCAGCAUCGACUCCGCCCAGAGACUCGCCAAGGAGGUCGGCGUCCUCUCUGACGCUUUAGAUAACACCCCCAUCCCCCAGUGGCAGCGCAGGGAACUGCAGAGUCGACUCAAAGCUCUGCAGAGGACCAGCAACACGACGGUCAGGAAACUGGAGACCAGAGAGGCUGCAGCCAGAGCUCAGGCUUUGCUGGAGAGGAGCGGAGGGAAGGAGGUUGUGGUGGAGCUGGUGGACACGGACUCUCUGUCGGUCCUGAUGAAGACCGUGAACCAGCUCAGCUCCCUCUCUCCUCUCAGUCACGUGAUGCUGCUCGCUCACCAGAGGCAUUCUGGGAAGGUUCUGUGCGCCUGCCAGGUUCCCAAGGACUCUCCUUCCAUCGCUGCCUCUGAUUGGGCGGUGGAGGUGUGUCGCCGCCUCGGGGGGCGCGCUGGGGGCUCCGCGCUGGUUGCCAAGGGAACAGGAAGCAGCGGCGACAUCGCCGAGGCCGUGAGGUGGGCGGAGGACUUCGCCCGCCAGAAAACACGGACGUGAUGUCACGUCUUUAACGAACCAGAACAUUUCUUUGUUUUAGAAGAAAUAAAAAAAUAAAUAAAUAAAAAAAA